AGGUGGGUUAUUCCCGUACUGAUGCGGGCGGGGGAGAGCUUUCAGCAACAGAGCUUGCUGCAACUCCACGCUACGGCUAGAGUUCGCCGCAGGAGAAGUGUGCCGGCGCCGGGACCCACUACUAGCGCCACCCACCCGCCCAAGCAAGGAGUGAGGUCCCGCCGCUGCCCGGGACCGGGUGCCCUCUACCCCCCCCCCCCCCCCACCUUAAACUCUCACCUCCAGUCUCUGGGCUGCAGCCUUCAGUCAAACUCUGAGGGAAAGUUUCUGUCAACUUUGAGGCAGUUUUGUCAACUUUGAGAAGAGUUUGUCAACUUUGAGGGGAAAAGUUUCUGUCAACUUUUGAGAAGAGUUUUAACUUUGAGAAAAGUUUGUCAAUUUCCAAGAGAGUUUCCGCGACGUUCCAACCUGCUUCACCUGGAGCCGCCACUUCCGGGUGUAGUGGAGACGGGACGGGACGGGACGGAGCAGCCUGCGGUCGGUCGGCCGUGGAUCUGUCGAGGGACGGGGCCGGGGGAACGGAUGGCCGGGCCGGGCGAGUUGCCGUUGAUCCAGAUCCACAACCGCCCAGAGCCGGCGGACGGUGGCGAGCAGUCGCCGCGGCUCCUCGACAGCCAACCUGGCCAGGCAACACACCACUUGCUGGAACACGGGACGCAGAGUGCCGGAGUAACUCAGCAGCCCCAAGGUAAAACUAGACAACUGAGAAGUCUGAUUCAACAGUAUAUUUGCAACAAAGAUAUCUACAACAAAAUUGUCUUCUGGAGGUGUAAAGUGUGGAUGUGUCUUUUGGCUGUUGUAGUGUUAAUCAUCACUUUAGUAUUCGCUGUCAUUAUCGGCAUCAGGGCCACACCACUUGAUGAUGAGUUCAUCAAUCCGAACCUCAAGAUUCAGGGAGCACCCCGGUAUUACGUUGGAAGCAUGAGGCUUCCCAGAGGCUCGUUCACACCUGAACUAGCAACACCCCAAUCUAGGAUCUUCUCCUCCUUGGCAAACCCAUUGAAGACCAUGCUGCAGCAACUCUACAGACAAUCCCCAGCCCUUGGCUAUUACUUUGUGGACAGUGAUGUCUUCUCGUUUAGCAACGGCAGCAUUAUUGCCCAUUACUGGUUGCAGUUUGCGUUGCCGAAGGAGGCGGAGCUUUUGAUUAGAUACACACUGAGUAUUGAAGUGUUGAUCAACGUAUUGCGGCAGCAUCUCCACACCGCAGGCGUGAGGCGGCUCGCAGAGGUCGACCCAUCCUCUGUCACUCUGCAAGUGGCAAAUGAAGAAUACGUUCGAAGUUUGAAAACCGGCCAAUGUGUAUUUCAUAUUUUGCUACAAAGCAGAAAGCAGACUUUUGAUUCGCUGGGAUUAGUGAACUGCAGCAGAAACAGCAGUAACUAUUGGCUGGUCCAAGGAAUGAGUGGUUACUCCAUCAAAGCUGACAUUACAUGGAUGGCCGCCAGAUCCGUCUGCAGUGAUGUGGAGGUGGCAACGUAUAGCUCUUGGUUCCCAGAUAUAGAGCAAACUGUUAGUAAGUUCAUUCAAACGGGCCACGCCUUUACCAGCGAGCUGGUAGUUUCUGGGAGUGUGUUACUCGUGACCUUUAACCCGAGAGCAGGAUGUGAACUUUCACAAUACUCAAUCACGUUUCUUCAGGUACCAGAAACAGAUUGCGGGGGUGUUCUUGUUGGGACAAAUGGCAGCUUUGUGUUCCCCAGCUAUUCAAACGACCUUCUUGAAGGCAUCAACUGUACUUGGAAUUUGAAGCUCCAAGAACAUUUACGAGCGAAACUCAUCUUCAAAGAUUUCAGACUGGAUGGUUCUCCAAAUAUUGGAGCGUCGUGUGUGGCAGAUUACCUAGAGGUAGAUGGACAAAGAUUCUGCGGAGAGCACCAACAGUUCUGCCUUUACAGUAAAGGUUCCAGUUUACAGAUAAAAUAUCAUUCCAACCAGACCCGCACUAAAAGCUUCACGGUAGACUACAUGGCCACAACAGAUGAUGUGACAGGGAGUCAGUGCCAUUGAUGAGACUGAUUGACGGAGGAUUCCUCGAUAAGUACAGUAUUUGGGAUAUUGAAAGUGCUUAUCCUCGCGAUAAUGUUGUCGCAAAUCUACAAGCAAGUUUUAAGGUGUUACUGGACAUUGUGCAUCAUGUACCGAGCAGACGAAAUAUGUCCUGGUCAACAAGUCCCAGCACAUCCUCUGCCCAGACUCCACCAGGGCAGGUUUCCUGAAACACGUACUGAAUUAGAGGUGGGAAAGUACUAAAUUGGAGUAAGGCAAACUAUGACUUUCUUCAGCAGGAGCUGCCAACAAUUGUUAUUGGGCAAGUCUACGUCGGACAUGUCGGUUAAGGGCCAGUUGCUCGAUGUUCAGAACCGGCAUGUUCCAGUGAGGAGAUGGGGUCAUGAUGGGAAAGGAAGGGAACUGGAUGACCAAAGAGGUCGUAAAUUUGAUCAAACAGAAAAAGGAAGCACAUGCAAGGUUUAAGAGGUUGGAAUCAGACAAGGCCUUUGACGAAUAUAAAGAAGGGAGUAGAGAACUCAAGCAGAUGAUUAGAUCGGCCAAAAGAUGAGUCAGAUUACAUAAAAUCCCAUAGGUUUUUAUACCUAUAUUAAAACAAGAGGAUAACCUGGAAGAAGGUAGAACAGCUCAAGGAUAAAGGAGGAAAUCUGUGCUUGUAGUCUGGGGAUGUAGGUGAGUAAACAAGUGCUUUGCUUAGAUUUUUACCAAAGAGAAGGACAUGGAAGACAGUGAGAUCAGUGUGGAGAAUACUAAUAUGCAAGGGCAGUUUGAGAUUAAGAAGGAGGAGGUGUAGGGGCACUUGAAGAGCAUUAAGGUGGAUAAAUCCCCAGGACCUGAUGGGAUUUUCCCCAGGUUAUUGAGAGAGGCAAGAGAGGAGGUUGCAGGAGCCUUAACGAAGAUCUUUGCAACUUAUCAAGCUGCAGGCAAGGUUCCGGAAGACUGGAGAGUAACUAAUGUUGAUCCAUUAUUUAAGAAGGAAAGUAGAAAGAAUACAGGGAAUUAUGGGCUGGUAAAUCUCAUGUCAGUGGUAGGGAAACUAUUGGAGAGGAUUCUUCACGAUAGGAGUUACUUCCAUUUGGAAAAGAAUGGGUUACCUAUGGACAAUCAGCAUUGCUUUGUGCACAGUGGGUCAUUUCUUACUAACUUGAUUGAGUUUUUGAGGUGGUGACGAAGGUGAUCGACGAGGGAUCGUUGUGGAUUUUAGUAAGGAAUUUGCUAAAUAUCCCCAUUGUAGGCUGAUCCAGAAGAUUAAGAUGCAUGGGAUUAACAGGAACUUGGUUAUAUGGACUCAGAUAUGGAUUCAGAACUGGCUUACUGAUAGAAGACAAGAGGGUUGUGAUGGAAGGACAAUAUUCAGGCUGGAGGUCUGUGACCAGUGGAGUUUUGCAGGGUUCUGUGUGAUCACACUAGGAUUGCAGGGGUCAUGUACUGUGAGGAAGGCUGUCGAGGUAUGUAGCGAGAUAUAGAUCAGCUACAGAAAAGGGCAGUGAAGUUGCAGAAGUGCUGGUGUAACUCAGCAGGUCAGGCAGCAUCUCUAGAGAAAAAGGAUGGGUGACAUUUCGGGUCCGGACCCUUCUACAGAUCACUCUGUGUUUCGACCCGACAUCUCACCCAUCCUUUUUCUCCAGAGAUGCUGCCUGACCUGUUGAGUUGCUCCAACACCGUGACCACCUAUGGCAUCUGUAGCUCUUUGUUUCUGCAAUUGGCAGAUGGGGUUUAAUUCGAGCAAGUGGGAGGUAUUUCACUUUGGAAGGUCAAAUGUAAAGGGGGAAAUAUUCAAAUAAUGGUACGACACUGAAUAGCAUUGAUGAAUCUUGGGGUCUAAGUCCAUAACUCCCUGAAAGUGGCAACACAAAUGGACAGUGGUAAAGAUAGUAUGCCUGCUUUUAUUGAUUGGGGCAUUGGGUCAGGAAGUCAUGAUGCAGCAUUAGAGGUCUUUGGUUGCAUUUGCCGUUCUGGUUGCCCUGUUACAGGAAGGAUGUGGAGGCUUUGGAAAGGGUACAGAGGAGGUUUACCACCAUGAUGUCUGGAUUAGGGGGCAUUAGCUGCAGGUUGGACAGACUUGGAAUGUUUUCUCUAGUAUGCCAGAGGUUGUGGGGACACCUGAUGCAAGUGGAGGGCCAUAGAUAGAACAUAGAUACAACAACUGCCAUAGAUAGAGUAGGCCGUCACAACCUUUUUCCCCCAGGGUGAAAAAACAAAACAAAUACUAGAGGCCAUAGCCUUAGGAUGAGAGGAGCAAAGUUUAAAGGAGAUAUGUGGGGCAAGUGUUUUUACACAGAGGGUGGUGAGUAUCUGGAACGCACUGCCAGGGGAGGUGGUGGAUGCAGAUACGAUGGUGAUGUUCAAGUAUUUUGGAUGGCACAUGGAGAAGCAGGGAAUGUAGGGGUAGGAAUUACGUGCAGGCAGAUAAGAGAUGGUCCUGGCACAGACAUUGUGGGAUAAAUGCCUGCUCUUGCACUAUAGAGUUCCGUGUUCUGUGUUCUAUGUGACCUUUUAGUUGUCACUGUUGUCACCCCCUCCCUCCCCCCCA